CUUGGCUGGUAUGGCUCGCGUGGAAGGGUACCGAUGCCCCAUCACCAUGCGCACGACUACGAUUCAACCGUACGACGUACCUCGCUUUGUCAGCGACAUCAUCAGUCAGCUGCAUGAGAUCGGCCAUUGGACCACGCGAUGCUGCGCAGUGCUGAACCACACGACGCCGUCGUCGUCGACUCCCGCCAUUAUCAGCUCCACCGUCACCCCGAGGGACGCACGGGUGCCCACGACGAUCCUCACAGAGAUGGACUUGAUCAAGCGGAAUCUGAACGUCGUGGAGAAGCAGCACAACACGCGGCUCAUGUCGGAGAUUGCGUACUUGCAAUGCGCCCUCCGCAGCGAGGCCGAGGAGAAAAUGACCGACUUCGAGCGCUACGUCGAAACCAAGAUCAACCAAUGCGUUGAAGAGCACACCAAAAAGGUGCGACAGGAACAAAUGGAAACCUCGAUCGCAUUGGGAAACCUGCAGGAUGGGUGGAGGUCGAUGCAGUCGGACGUGGCGAGCCUGACCCAGCAACUGCAAAAGAUGCAGUCCACCAUGGAGAUGGCCGCGAGUCGGUCCGUGGAGAUGAUUUCGACCCUCCACGACCAGCUCAAAGAAUCGUCCAAGCUGCGCGACAAGCACGAAACCAGUCUUGGCAACCAACUCUCCCAUGUCAAGCUCCAGCUUCAGGAGUCGAGCCAAGCAACCAAGAUAACCGUGGACCAACUAACGACCCGCGUCGACAUGGCUCGCAACGAAGCCAAGUACGCCAUGGACCAGCUCAAGCUGCAAAUCCAGCAACAUGCUCGGACGUUGAAUCGGGUGGCGAAGGGGUCUAAUUUGUUUGAAAUGAUGUCCCCCGUACGGUUUACAGUGUCUACAUGUUGUUAUAAUAUUUACGAUAGGUACCUACAGCCCCAGACAAUACUAGCCCUCAACGUAUUAUGGGAGAUGAAUCGACUCGGGGGGCGUUUGCACCGCCGAGUAAGCGGCGACCAAUGUCUGCUCGGGCUUCGAGCUCAUCGCAGCCAGCAUAUGUGCAGCCAGCGUAUUCAACCCACGCAUUUGAGUUUGCGCAGAGAGCCACCGCACCCGUCGCAUCCAAUGGAUCAUUUAACAUUCAAGGGAAGAUGUGCCACGUGUCAACUCCCCCCGACUAUGCCGACGACAGCGUCGAUGUCGCCUGCGAUGGGGGGAACAACCAACAUUCCACAGCACCCCCUCCGGAGAAAUAUGCUGGAGGCACCACCCAGUGUUUUGACCACCGGAUGGUCCCUCCAUGUUAUGUGAUGGAGCCCCACAAGCGGCCGAACAACGACGCGGCACCUCAACCCACGACCUUUGGCUUGGAGUCCUUAGGCAAGACUUGUGACCAAACGCGACACGAUGCUAAUGACAGAACGAGACCAGCCAAGGCGCCGCUGACUCGAGCAGUUCCAAAGGCAAAGUGGGGGCCUCAACCAAGGCAAAAAAUACCCCAGCGGCCAACUUCAGCAAGACCACGACCGACCACCAGCAUCUCCAAGGCAAGCGCAGCCUCGUCGAAACCCGUGCCUGAUCAGAACGCACAGCCGCCACCAGCACACAUCGGUGACGCGUGAGAGCUUCCAGUAGCCGACCCACGGGCCGUGGCAUGGUCUACAUCUGCAGCUGGAUCACCCACAACUAAGCUGAGGAACAGAUUUACGGCCUUGCAAAGCUCGAGGUCCAUGCGUUCGUACUAGUUUUCAUGGUUAUGCAACUCCGAAUUCGUGGAUGCCAAG